AUUGUUAACUAAAUUAUUACUAUCACAUAAAAAAUAUAUAUAUUAUUUGCCUUCUUCCUCAAGUUUCUUUCCAAACUUCCGGCGAACAUUUUUUUUGAUUCCAGAUUUUGAUCGGAAGUUAUCAAACAUGAUGACCCGUGGAGCAACAAGGAUGACCCGAGUUGUCAUGGGUCAUAUGGGUCCACGUUACUUUUCAACUACAGUUCUGCGAAAUGAUCCCGGGACCGGAGUUGUUGGUGGAGCCGCUGCCGGACUUUUGCAUGGUUUUCCGUCGAAUCCAUCGGAGAAAGUGGCAGUAACGUGGGUUAGGCAUUUUUCGGCGAUGGGUUCACGGAGCGCUAGUACUGCGGCUUUGAAUGAAAAGCAGCAAGAGAAGGAAAGUAGUGACAAAAAAGUGGAAAACACGGCCACCGCCGCUGCAAACGGUGGUGCUGGUAAAUCUGUUGUGAGUUAUUGGGGUGUUCCUCCUUCAAAGGCUACUAAACCAGAUGGUACUGAAUGGAAAUGGAAUUGUUUUAGGCCAUGGGAGACUUAUGAAGCUGAUAUGUCGAUAGAUCUGACGAAACACCAUGCGCCUGUAACGUUUUUAGACAAAUUUGCUUAUUGGACUGUUAAGGUCCUUCGAUUCCCCACUGAUGUAUUUUUUCAGAGGAGAUAUGGUUGCAGAGCAAUGAUGUUAGAAACAGUGGCGGCGGUGCCUGGAAUGGUGGGAGGUAUGUUGUUGCACUGCAAGUCAUUGAGGCGAUUCGAACAGAGUGGUGGAUGGAUCAAAGCUCUGCUUGAAGAAGCCGAAAACGAGAGGAUGCAUUUGAUGACUUUCAUGGAAGUUGCAAAGCCAAAUGUGUACGAACGUGCCCUGGUUUUCGCAGUGCAAGGUGUCUUCUUCAACGCUUACUUUGCUGCUUACCUUAUUUCCCCAAAAUUGGCUCAUCGUAUCGUGGGAUAUUUGGAAGAAGAAGCUGUUCAUUCGUACACUGAGUUCCUCAAGGAAUUGGACAAUGGUAACAUUGAGAACGUACCUGCUCCUGCUAUUGCUAUUGAUUACUGGCGUUUGCCUAAGGAUGCCACUCUCCGCGAUGUUGUCUUGGUUGUUAGGGCUGAUGAGGCUCAUCAUCGCGAUGUCAACCACUAUGCAUCUGACAUUCAUUACCAAGGACAACAGCUGAAGGACUCACCAGCACCACUUGGGUAUCACUAAGCGACUAAUAAUAAAUACAAAGAGAUCAGACAUAUCAAGCUAAAAGUUCGUCACUAUUUUGUUCCUUUUUUGAACUGGUGAUAUAGCUAUGUAGUAGGUAAUACUAAUCUUGAAUGUUGAUGUACAUAUUUUUGUGUGGAUUUGGUUCGUUCUUUGCUGCCUCUUCAUCAAUAAGUGGUAGGGUACGAUGAGCUCUGUAUCAUUGUGGAGCAUAUAUAUUCUUGAUGAAAUUAUAUCAUCGUUUUGUUUACUUU